AUCUUUCCAUCCUAGUUAACGAUUUUGCUAGAAAAAAAAUAAAGUUGAUGAUGGAAGAAGCAAGGUCGAGAAAGCUAGGUGGUUCUUUGAAAGUUCCUAACGUUCAGGAAAUGGCAAAACAACAACUAGCAGGUGUUCCGCCGCGAUAUAUUCGUAUUAAUGAUGACGAAAAUCAAUUGUAUAAUUCUUCCAUAUUAUUGCCUCAUCAAUUAGCUCCAGUUAUUGACAUGGAAAUAAUUAAAGAUGACGAUGAUACAGAGCUUAACAGGUUUCAUCUUGCUUGCAAAGAAUGGGGAUUUUUCCAGUUGGUGAAUCAUGGAGUGAGUUCAUCAUUGAUGGAGAAAGUGAAGUCAGAAAUCAGAGCAUUUUUCGAUCUACCAAUGGAAGAGAAGAAGAAAUUUGAGCAAGAAGAUGGAGAUGUCGAAGGAUACGGGCAAGCCUUUGUUGUAUCUGAAGAACAAAAGUUAGAUUAGAGUGAUAUACUUUACAUGAUCACUCUCCCUACUCAUUUGAGAAAACCUCACUUGUUUCCAAAGCUUCCCACCUCACUCAGGUACCAUAAUAUAUACUAAUUGAGUUUACGAUAGUGAAUGUUUUUUUCUAUAGAAUAUUUAAGUUCUUGGACCUUCAAGGGAUGCAUUGGAACAAUACUCAACAGCUCUGAAGGAACUUGCUA